UGCCUAGUGUCAUUGUGGUACCGGGUAGUGAGAUCUCAUCGCCUGCACUGUGUGUGUCAGGAUAUGGAGGAGUUUGUGGAGAGGCAGUUGGAGCUCCUGAGGGAAGAGAGAGAGGCAGAGAUACAAGAGAAGAGAACUUGGCAGGAAAAUGUCUCUUUAAAAGAACUGCAGCGUAGAGGAGUCUGCCUUUUAAAGCUGCAGAUCGCAAACCAAAGGACAGGGUUGUAUGGACGACUACUCGUCACUUUCACGCCCAGGAAAUAUGACUCUGAAUCAGUGCUCCCAAGUAACAACUUUGGUCCAGGCGAUAUUGUGGGACUGUAUGAAGCAAAUAGCCCAAAUGAACAGCUUGCUACAGGGAUUGUGGCUGGUGUUACACAGAAGCUUAUUAAUGUGGCUUUUGAUGAAUCCGGUAAUGAUGGGUUAAAUCUAGGGAACGAGUCUACCUAUCGACUCCUGAAAUUAGCAAACGAUGUUACCUACAAAAGAAUAAAAAGAGCUUUGACCACAUUAGGCCAAUACCGAAGUGGACAAGCAUCUAAUCUCAUUGAUGUCCUCUUCUGCUCAUCUGAACCCAGUCACUCAGUACAAAAAAGACCUGCGGAAUUUUUCAAUUUGUCCUUGGAUGAUUCACAGAAAGAAGCUGUGAGUUUUUCUCUCGGUCAGAGAGAGGUUGCUGUUAUUCAUGGUCCACCGGGUACGGGUAAAACCACCACAGUUGUAGAAAUUAUUCUUCAAGCUGUGAAGGAAGGACUGAAGGUCCUUUGCUGUGCCCCUUCAAAUGUCGCUGUAGACAAUCUGGUGGAGCGAUUGUCUACUUUUAAAGAGAAGAUCUUGCGUCUGGGUCACCCGGCUCGCCUGUUGGAAUCCUUACAGCAUCAUUCCCUGGAUGCCGUGCUGGCACGAGGUGACAAUGCACAGAUUGUGGCCGACAUAAGGAGAGAUAUUGACCAAACCUUUGCUAAAAUGAAAAAGCUGCGCGGCAAGGAAGAGAAAAGUGGGUACAAAAUGGAAAUUAAAGCUCUAAGAAAAGAACUGAAAGUGAGAGAAGAAGCCGCCAUGGUGGAAACUUUAAAACGGGCCAAUGUUAUACUUGCGACAAACACAGGCGCUUCACUGGACGGCCCUCUGAAAUUGCUUCCGGAAGAUUAUUUUGACCUAGUGGUGAUUGAUGAGUGUGCGCAGGCAUUAGAAGCGAGCUGCUGGAUUUCUCUGCUGCAGGCUAAGAAGUGUAUUUUGGCUGGUGAUCACAAGCAACUACCUCCAACUAUAAUCUCACACAAGGCUGCAGCUAAUGGCUUAUCUCUUAGCCUGAUGGAGCGCGUCACUGAUAAGUAUGGAGAGAAAGUAGUGAAAAUGCUGACCGUUCAGUACCGCAUGCAUCAGUCUAUAAUGCAGUGGGCGUCAGACGCGCUGUACGGAGGGCGGCUUAUUGCUCAUUCCUCGGUCGCUCAUCAUUUGUUGAAGGAUUUACCAGGAGUUUCUGUAACUGAGGAGACCAGCAUCCCUUUACUGCUCAUUGACACUGCUCACUGUGGCCUCUUUGAAAUGGAAGUAGAAGACGAGCAAUCCAAAGGAAACCCAGGUGAAGUGCGACUGGUGGAUUUGCACAUUCAAGCUCUCACAAAAGCCGGUGUAAAACCGCAGGAUAUUGCAGUUAUAGCACCCUAUAAUCUUCAGGUGGAUAUGUUAAGGCAGUGCCUCAGACAAAGGUACCCUGACCUAGAAAUUAAAUCUGUGGAUGGAUUUCAAGGAAGAGAAAAAGAAGCCGUGGUACUGUCCUGUGUCAGAUCCAACAGUAAAGGGGAAGUGGGCUUCCUGGCUGAAGACCGGAGGAUGAAUGUUGCUAUAACACGUGCACGGCGCCAUGUUGCGGUGAUCUGUGAUUCCCAUACGGUCGGCAACCACCAGUUCCUCAAGGAUCUUGUAACGUAUUUCAACGAGCGUGGAGAAGUCAGGACGGCUUUCGAAUACCUUGAAGAUGUUGUGCCUGAGAAAUACUCUCAUGAAAACGGGACCCCCGGGAAACCAGAGAAACAAGCUAAAAAAGUUGGGAACAAGCAAAAAAAGCCAAAUACAGGGGGUCCCAGCAACCAAAAUCGGGCAGAUCCCACAAAAACUAUCAGCAAAGAAAAGUUUAAAUAUCCCUUUAAGCACCAUGAUAAGUUGGAUCCACAUACUGACGAUGUUACAGCUGGAGACCAUCUUAGGAAAACCAUCGAAGAUUUCUUGAAAGACCCCGAUACAACCCAGCUUGUGUUUCCUUCAUCUCUUACAUCACAUGAUCGGUUGCUGGUCCAUCAGAUAUCUGAGGAAUUAGGGCUGGAGCACACAAGCACAGGAGACGGCAAGGAGAGAACGAUUUCCGUCACCAAACCCAAAGCAAUUUCGGGAGAUGCCGUAUCUUCACAAACAAACGAUUCAGAGGCCGGGCCGCCUUUGCAAUUACCCAGACUGGAAGAUGAAAAAAGCCAAAAGAAGACCAAUUGCAGCGGAAGUUCCAAUAAAGUCGACUUGAAAGCAUUACACAUGGAAAGAGUGCAGAGGGAAAAAGCAAGACAGGAAGAAAGGGGGAGAAGUAAACCUGAUAGUUCAACAAGUUCAAAACCUGCAGCAAAGAAAAACACAGAUGCAAAAGCUAAAACUAUUGGCAGUUCCAAAGCCUCCAGCGCAGACGCAGACGAUUUUGAUGCCCUAAUUGCCACCACCAUGAGAGCGGACAACACCUGCGGCUUUGCCAAGUGUAAAACAAGUGUCACGACAGUGUCGGACUUCUGCGUGCACUGCAAUAAGCGCUUCUGCUUGAGCCACCAUAUUCCAGAGAUCCACGGGUGCGGGGAAAAGGCCAAAGCCAACGCAAGAAUGAGGAUCAGCCGGGAAGGAGUUAUUUACUCGGGCAGCGGCUCAAAAGAUCAAUCACUAGAUCCGACCAAAAAAGCUCAUUUACACAGAAAACUGGAUAAGAAAAUCAAUGAACUGACAAGUCAAAGAAAAACCAAAAAGAAGGAAAAAUGAAAAUCAAUUUUUUUGUCAAUAAACUCUGUUGUAUUUAUGA